CGCGCCGCCGGGCUAGGGCGAUGCGGGCGCCCCCGGCGCGCGGCCCCCGCGGGCACCAUGAGCCCCCUGCUCCGCCGCCUGCUGCUCGCCGCGCUCCUGCAGCUGGCCCCCGCCCAGGGCCCGGUCUCCCAGCCUGAUGCCCCUGGUCAUCAGAAGAAAGUGGUGUCAUGGAUAGACGUGUAUGCUCGUGCCACCUGCCAGCCGCGGGAGGUUGUGGUGCCCCUGACCAUGGAGCUCAUGGGCACUGUGGCCAAGCAACUGGUGCCCAGCUGCGUGACGGUGCAGCGCUGUGGCGGCUGCUGCCCUGACGACGGCCUGGAGUGUGUGCCCACUGGGCAGCACCAAGUCCGAAUGCAGAUCCUCAUGAUCCGCUACCCAAGCAGUCAGCUGGGGGAGAUGUCCCUGGAAGAACACAGCCAGUGUGAAUGCAGACCAAAAAAACGAGAGAGUGCUGUGAAGCUGGACAGGACUGUGUGCUCUUCCCCAACCCCAGCUCCCGGGAAGACUCUUACUUCUCACCCGAGAUAUGUUGCUUCUCCUCCUAGGGCUUCCACUCCCCACCACCGUCCCCAGCCCCGCUCUGUUCCGGGCUGGGACCCUGCCCCCGGAGCACCCUCCCCAGCUGACAUCACCCAUCCCACUCCAGCCCCAGGCCCCUCUGCCCACGCUGCCCCCAGCGCCGCCAGCGCCCUGACCCCCGGACCUGCCGCUGCCGCUGCCGACGCCGCAGCUUCCUCCGUUGUCAAGGGCGGGGCUUAGAGCUCAACCCAGACACCUGCAGGUGCCGGAAGCUGCGAAGGUGAUACAUUGCUUUUCAAACUCCGUGGGGCCACUUGCCUCGCAGGCCUGCCCAGAGGGCAACAAGAGGGCAUCCUGGUGAGAACAGUCCAGUCCCCAAGACCUCAACCUGGGCGGAAGCUCCUGCAGGACCUGGGCCUCUCAGAGGGCUUUCCAACUGCCCCUUGUCUCUCUGAGGCUGCCGUCCAACAAAGUGGACAGAGUUGGAUGAAGAAACCUGGAGGCAGCACGAGGGGUCAUGUACCAUCUUGGGAGAGAAUGGGGUCCCGGCUCAGUUUUUAACCACCUUGUGCAAGUGAGCAUCUUACAACUGGCUCCUCCGUCCCCUCACUAAGAAGACCCUGGUCCUCUACAAAAAAAUGAGAGUUGGGCUUCAGUACAAGAACUGUGAACCCCAGUCCCGAUAAAAGAGAUAGAAGGAACUGUC